AUGGCAGCCGAGGACAUCACCAGCCUGCUGGAAUAUAUGAACAGCACCAAACUUAGCGGUGACGAUAACGACGAUGCCCUUCCUCAAGAUGUGAAGACACAGCGCACCCAGGGCCUCAAGACGGUUCUUGCCCGCGCACAGCAGCUCCGGCAACCAGGAUCGCUUGACGAUCUCUUAGCCAUCACGCAAAAGCUAGCAACAGGCAGUCGUGACGCUUCAUGGAGAACCCCCAUCGGUGAUUCUGGAAUCUUGGACUUCUGCCUAGAUUUACUCGCCGAACCAGAUACGGAUCAAGCACUCAAGGUCCAGGCACUUCGUCUUGUCGGCAACUCGUGCGCGGAUACAGACGAAAACAGAGCACGGGUAGUCGAUGGGGCAUAUUUUCCGCCGAUAAUCAAGCUUCUCGUCGAGGACGAACUUGUUCCAUUUGUGAUUCCUUCGUUGCACAAUAUUUGUAUAGAAUAUGAGCCUGCCCAUGCGAAGGCGGCAGAGGCAGGCCUCUCUAGGGAACUUGUAAAAUGGCUUCAAAGUCCACGGGUGGCCAAGGCACCACACCUCGUGGGAAUUGCAGCAAAGACGAUCGGCCUCCUCGCAUCAACAAAUUACGAAAAGGCCUCGCCGGAUACACUCAUCCCCAUCACCCUCCUGCAAUGCGCCUCGUUACCACAUUCUUGGCCAGCAGCAAAUUCACCACUCGACAUUGAGGAUUUUGUCAGCCUGCUUUGCACGGCCACGGCCUAUCUAACCCCAGAUCGGAUCGCUACGGCAUCCACAUCACCUUCAGACUCAUAUGCCAUCUACAAAAGUCUCGAGACAGCAUGUACAUGUUAUUCGUUCGCAGACGCUGAUGAUGAUGAUAUUGAUGAUGCCAACCAGCUUAUCAACAUGCGCAAGGCGCUAGUCGGUAUCGUUGCCGACCUGUCCUCCCAACCAAGCUGGUCCGAGUCAUUCUCAACAUCAUCAGACGGCAACCCGACCAAGUGGUUGGCCGAACACGGAGUCACGACCGACUGGCUUUCUAGACAUCACUCCCCACUGCAAGAAGCCGCAUGUCUCACGUUUGGAAAUCUCGCCUGCGACGACGCCAAGACGUCCUGGCUUGUUGAAACCUUGGGCAUCCACAAGCCGCUCAUAUCCUUCCUCGCCAACGAGUACCAUUCUACGCCGGGGCCUGACGAUGCUGCCCCGGGUGCGGUGCUGCAUUCCGCUAUUGGCUUACUCAAGAACCUCGCCAUCCCCUCGGGGAACCGCCCAGUCCUUGGCGAGCACCUCCUGAGCACCGUCAACAAACCAACAGGCGACGACGGGGAGACGUCAACUACCGGCCUGCUACCUUUUAUCUGGGCCCACAAAGACACUCAGCCGCAGACUCAGCUCGCCACGAUAUCUCUCUGCCGGCUGCUCUUGACAGGAACGCCCUCCAACGCCCGCCUCUUCUGCGAGCCCCUAUCUGCCACCACGUCCUCUGACGACAGCACCACCAAGCAGCCAAGGACCCAACUCCACGCCCUGAUCGACGUCUUCACCACGGCCCCGACAGAGCCCACAAAGACCGAGGCAUCCCGCACCGCCCUCGCCCUCUGCAGGGUCCUGCACGGCGGCAGCAGCGGACCGGAAGUCACAAUCCUGACUUCCCCGGCCUGGCAGGACUCUACGGCGCCUGCCGGGCCGCUCGGAAACUUCCUCGCCCGCCACGACGGCCUCCACCAUCUGCUCGCCUUCCUGCUGACCCAAGCACGCUUCCCCGCGCUCCGCAGCGAGGCCUGGUUCGUGCUGGCGAUCAUGGCCCGCCGCGGCUCGGACGGCGCGCCGCUCGUCGCCCGUGCCCUGACGAGCAGCGCAGAGGCCCUGGCAGCACUGGAGCGCGCCGUGAGCCUCGGCCAGAGCCAGGCCGCCGAGGAGGCUGCCAGGAAGACGGAGGAGGAGCAGAACAAGAAGCAGCUCGCCACUGUGGAUGGCGUGCAAGGGUUGGGUCUGGAGCCGAAGCAAGCGGACCCCAGGCAGGCGGCGCAGAUGGCCAAGAUCGAUCGGGAGAAUGUCCUGGUGCUGCUGGUUGAGCUGCUCAAGAGUGAGGCCGCGCUGGAGGUUCUGUCCGAGGAGUCCAAGACUAGACUCCGACAACUUAUGCAGACCGGUGGCGAGAUGGUGCUUGGUGAGCGGGAGCAGCCAGCGGCAGACGCGUAG